AUGGACCUACCACCCUUUGACAUGUGGAGGGACUACUUUAGCCUGAGCCAAGUGAUCCUGACUAUAAUCCAGGGCCAGAGCCAAAGACUGGUGGGUAAAGGGGCUGAGGUUACCUCACCCGGACCACAGGAGAAGAGUGAGCAGGAGCCGGGGGGCUCCGGGAGCCUGGCUACCCUAUGCAACUUCUGCAAACACAAUGGAGAGUCUCGUCACGUCUAUGCCUCACACCAGCUGAAGACCUCUGAAGGCGUGGUGGUGUGUCCCAUCCUGAGGCAUUACGUGUGUCCCCUGUGUGGGGCCACCGGGGACCAGGCUCACACGCUCAAGUACUGUCCACUCAACAACAGCCAGCAGCCUCUCUACCGGCGUGGUGGACGAAACUCCGCUGGCCGCAAAGUCAAGCGAUAA